AUGACAAUAACACCUGAUGACGCUGAUAGGAUUUUAGGUCUUAGAGCACGUGGGAAAAGUGUUGAUGCUGAAUAUUCUGAAUUGGAUUGGGACCAGCUAUAUAAGUUGGCUGAAGAAGUUCUUGGUUGGGAUCAUAAUACUACCCUAAAGGAGUUUUGUAGCGCCGCUAAAGAGGUGGAAGAUGUGCAUGUUGGCUGCGGAAACAAACCAAAGAUUUUGAGGUCGUUCAAGUUGAAGAAUCUGAAAGAUAAGUUCGAGAACACUGUGCAGAAAGUUAAGGAUGGGUUGGUGAUGGACGCGACCAAAAUAAACCAGACUGCUGAUGCUUAUUUGUUGCACACUCUCGGCCGAAUUAUAUUUCCUGACCAUACUGGCAAAAAAGUUAGUGCUCAAUAUCUCCAAUUCGUAAAAGAUCUUUCGAAGUUUCAUGAGUACGCUUGGGGAUCCGCUUGUGUUGCAUUCCUUCUCCAUUCAAUUUCUACAGCAUCUAGGCUAGACCUUGGAAAUAUUGAAGGAAACUUCAGUCUCUUUCAGGUGUGGGUAUAUGAUCACUUCCCGAAGUUGAAAUUAAGCACACCAAUUGAGGUGGCGGAGGAUACAUUUCCAACUUCGGCAAAAUAUGAGUUCAAAGACUAUAAUAAGAGGGAUAAGUUCGACAAGAUAAUCUCUUUAAGAGAAAAGUUAGACUCUUUGGAUGGACACGAUGUUGAAUUUGAACCAUAUAACACGACAGUAGAAGAAGAUGAAUUCGUUGAAGAAGAAGAUAUUCCUUUGGGGAUGUACUACGGACCACUGUUCUAUCCAGGCGGGUAUGUAAUUUUCGAUCCUCGACGAGUACUCCGCAAAUUUGGGUUUAUCCAAACAGUACCAUAUGAUGAUAACCAAAAGUUCAAGUUGCUGCUGAAGGGAGGUAAAGUCACAAAGAGCACCACCAGUUUUUGGAAACCAAAAUAUGAUCCCGAUGCCAUCGUUUAUUCAUUGGAAAGAAAUGGAUAA